CCGCCUCCGCCGGCCGCAUCACCACCUCCUCCUGCAGAGCCGAGAGGAGCAGCAGCAUCAGCGGCUCCGAGCUGUCUGUGAGGGGCUGCUCAGCACCGGCGGGGACAUUUUACCCAUGCUCUUCACCUAAUGUGACACUUUUCACGCAACUGCUUGAAACACCGGCUGAAGCAAUGGGAGCCUUUGCAGUGAUAUUAGGGAUUUUACAGUACGUGGGACUUUAUAUUCAACUUAAUGCAGCGCUCAACGCCGGACACGGCGAGGUGGAUAAUCACAUCUCUGGGAAUGCUCUCUUUACAGAGGUGCCACAUGACAUCACGACGCAGAGCGGUGAGGAUGUGGAGAUGGCUUGUUCCUUCCGAGGGGCGGGCUCUCCCUCCUACUCCCUGGAGAUCCAGUGGUGGUACAUCAAGGACCACAGAGACUGGCAAGAGAAGUCUGUUCAGAUCACUAAUAAUGUUGUACACCCGGAGGAAACUUCCAAAGAUGCCACCAAAAUUAGUGUGGUGAAAGUGGCCGGCAGCAACAUCUCCCACAAACUCCGUCUCUCCAGCGUCAAGCCAUCAGACGAGGGCACAUACGAGUGUCGUGUCAUUGACUUCAGCGGCACCGUGGCGCAGCAACAUCGCGUUCGAGCCUACCUCCACGUGGAGCCUGAGAGGAGUCAGGGGUCGAAUGACGUCAAGCUGCAGGAGCCAGGGCAGCAGUCACACCCCCACCACCAGACAGAGGGCAGGGAGCUGAGGAGGAGAUCAGCUGACAGCACCACUGACUGUAACGAGAGCUGUGUGCUUUAGAGUGGGCAGUCUGCCCUUCUGUCUGCAUGUUCAUGACUUAUCUCUAAAGAGGGACUGUCAUCAACACACUCACACGUCACUACAGAGUCGAGGCGUCAGACUGGACCCUUUGUGUUUCACGGUUUGUUUGUUCUUUAAUAUUGCUGUUUGGAUGCCAAUGCUGUUGAAUGCCAAUAAAGGGCACGGUUUUAUUGACUGUACCUGUUGUGUUCUUUUUGUUGCUUUGUUAUUUGUCUCGGUGCUCUUUAAGUUUAUUAAGUUUAUGCGUUAAGUUUAUGUAAAUGUAACAGUAAGGCUGCAUUCACAUGUAAGUUUUAUUAUUUUGUCUGAGUAGGACUUAUAACUUCUCCUCAUGAAGUCAAAGUACACGGCAGAGUCAGAAUUAUCAUGGAUAUCAUAACUAAUAACCAAGUGAUGCAGACACAGACAGACAGUUUCCUUUGCAGUGUGCCAGUUCUGCUGUCUUUCACCAAAACAUGUGCCAAAAGCUGCAGUAUUUCAGUGUAAAUGCUUUCUAAGGAACAAAGAAUAAAUUAAGCUUUUUUUAUUUACUUUUCAGAGUGCAUUGAUUUAAUUUAUGUAAUCUUUGUUCAAACACUAUCUGUAAUUAGCUUUCUAAACCACGACCAGAAUGUUUGUCAAAAUAAAAAUGUAUUCCUUCAUCACAUCCAUAUCAACUCUUAUGUAUAUUCACACUCAGCACUGUAAACUUUUACUGUUAUCAUUCAAAUAAAGUUUUACUCUGUGCUACUUAACCAAAUGACUCAAGAGACACCACAAGUAUGUUUAUCACUCCAAACUUUUGUCAUCAGUUUCUCAGCCACAGUAUAACUUUCUGUUUAUGGAGUUUGUCAUCUGAAUCAUAUUCUCCUCUUGACUGUGUUUGUUAUAAGUGCUGCUGUUUGGUAUCUGUUCUGUUAAAUACAUUCAUUUGAAAUGACUCUGGUCUUUUUUUCCCUGUGACUGUGGUGUUCUGUGUUGUAUUUCAUUACUUAUAUAUUGUACCUGCAGGUGGAAGUGUGGGCAAGCCAUGUUCUCGGUAGAGGAAAUCUGUGGUUUGGCAGCCCUAACAAACUAAGCAGUUUGUAGAUCAUUAGGUGUCCUCAGCUUGAACUGUGUUAGGUAAAAUCACCUUUCUGGAAAGGUUGGUCAACAGAUAUUUUCUUCCUACCUGCCACAUAGUUUAGAGCAGAUAUUGCCCUUUUAUUUAACAUAGCAGUUUCCUAACCUUUUUGUUUUUGGGACCGCUUUUCUAUCAUUUAGUAAACUGAGUGACAUAUUUUAUGGCUGUUUCAUAUUAUAUUAUAUUGCCUAACAAUAACAGUACAGUACAAUUGAAGAACUGCCCAAUUAGUGAACACAACAACUACAGGAAGUGAGGUGUAAAAUAAACAAUUUGAAUUUAUUUUCAGCAGAUUAUUUCCUGUAAAUAUUGAACCAGCAAUGAGUUUUCCUAUAUUUUUUUUAAGAUACUUUUUACAGGAUUUGCUGUCUGUAUAACAAAUUUAUGGUAUAUGUAUUUCUUUUAACAACAAGCACACUUAAUGGGCUUCUUUUUCAACAAAUUUUGACAAGUGUUUUUUGCUCUUUGGUUGUUUUAACUGCGUGCUACUCUAAUGCAGGGUGGGGCUGUCUAGUAGAAGGUAACGGCUCUGAGUUCAGCUGAGUUCAGUUUUCCUCACAGAAAUGAAUGAAGAAGUAUGUCAAGAAGGCCCCGCAAUCACCUUUGAUAGACAAUAAUGGAGAUCAGGACUUGGGAACCAGUGUAUUAUAGGAUUAUAAAGGGGUAGGUAGUUCAGUUUCGUUUAUUGUAUUACUUUUAUUUCACCACACAGCUUAUUCAAAACGCUAUUAACAGUUAAAAGGUUGUGGACUGUGCAACAUGUCUUGUACAGAAGCUUUCCAGCCUUUCUUUUCAACACCUGCAAUUGCUGUCUGUGGCCAGAAGAGAGCAACACUUCCUCUAACUUUAGAAAAAUGAAUCGGCAUAUAGCAGUACAUAUUGUACAGAGGAGCAAUG